AUGGAUCCAUCAAAGCCCCAGUUCAACCCAUUUUUCAAUUUUUCCCAACCUUUAUCCCAUAAUCCAAAUGAUGAUGCACAAAACAUAAAUCCUCCUACUCCAAUGUAUCCUAAUCCUAACUUUCCUAUGAUGAACCCUAACAAUUUUCAAAUGCCGAUGUACCAAAAUCCUAACUAUCCACUAAAUUUUCAAAUGCCAUUUUACCCAAAUCCUACUACUCCUCCUUCUCAAUUUCCAGAAUUUUCUUCACAAUCAAAUCUCGUGCCGGAGCAAGCAAGCGGUUCUAAAAAUGAAAAMAACCGAUGGACAACCAAAGAUGACAUAUUGUUGUGUAGUGCUUGGCUCAACAUAGGCAAAGAUGYAACAGUUGGUACUGGUCAAAGUAGGAUAAAUUUUUGGCAGCGUAUACUUGAAUAUUACGAUGUGAAUCGUGACACGAUUUCUCAAACUAGUAGGAAUCGUCAAGCACUUCAAAAUCGUUGGAGUCGAAUAAAUCAUGUCGUUUCAAAGUUUGUUGGCUGUUAUGAACAGAUCCUACACCGACGUGAAAGUGGGCUGAAUGAAGAAGACAAAAAAAAAACAGGGCUUUAG